GAUAACAGGAGCAGGGGGUGAUUGAAAAGAUUCUCGUGCGCUCGCUACUUGUUGACUCAUAGAUUGGACAGGGGCGCAGAGCGGAUCGUUUGGAGAUGCCAAUAACCCAUCAUUCCAACUAGCUGUUUUAUGAACCGCGCAAGACGUCUUGUGCAUUCAUUGCAUUGUAGAAAGCUUUUGUGUCUUUUGGAGCUACAGUUAAAAAGUAGCCUAACGGCGUCGAGUCUCCAUCAGGACGCAGGAGAGGAAAGCGCAACGUCCAGGUUUGCUGGACCCCCAAGAGGAACAUUUAGACUCCAGGCAGCAUGGAAAAAGAACCUUCGGAAAUGGAGAUGCCAGACCUUUCUGCGCUUUAUUCAAACAGUAGCCUCCCGUAUUCCAUCAUAAACGGCAGUAACGUCACCAACCUCACCAGCAUAAUAUACUACCCGUACUAUCAGCACUCACUGCCUGUGGCCGCCGGCCUGACCCUGGCCUACCUCUUCAUCUUCCUGCUUUGCAUGGUGGGAAACGGCCUGGUAUGUCUGAUCGUGCUGGAGAACCGACGUAUGAGAACAGUCACGAACCUCUUUAUCCUCAACCUUGCCGUGAGCGACCUUCUUGUGGGAGUUUUCUGCAUUCCGACAACCCUGGUGGACAACCUCAUUACAGGUUGGCCAUUCCCAAACACAGUCUGCAAGAUGAGCGGGCUGGUGCAGGGCAUGUCAGUAUCUGCCUCCGUGUUCACGCUGGUGGCCAUCGCCGUGGACAGGUUCCGUUGCAUUGUGUACCCCUUCCAACCCAAACUCACCCUGCUGGUUGCCAAGGUGACCAUAGUGAUGAUCUGGAUGCUGGCGGUGGUGAUAAUGUGUCCCUCGGCCAUGAUGUUAACAGUUGAGAGAGUGGAGCAUCAUUACAUGGUGCACAAUGAAGAUUACAACCACACAAACCCUCUUUAUUCCUGUUUUGAGAAUUGGGCCAACCCACAGAUGAGAAGGGUCUACACCACAGUCUUGUUCGCGCACAUUUACCUGAUUCCCCUCACCCUGAUCACGCUCAUGUACGGGCGAAUAGGGAUUAAACUCUACACCACAUCUGUGAUCACGGGGAAUGAUCAGCACGAAGGCGGGCAGCCUCACGCCUGUCCUCCGAGUCACAGGGCCCAGCACGAGGGCCGUCCCCUCAUCUCGCAAAAGAAGAUUAAGGUGAUAAAGAUGCUGGGUAUCGUGGCACUCUUGUUCACACUGUCCUGGCUUCCUCUGUGGACCCUGAUGCUCCUCACGGACUAUGGAGGUCUGGAUGAGGACAAGUUGGAAUUACUGACCGGCUACAUUUUUCCUUUCGCUCACUGGUUGGCGUUCUCAAACUCCAGCGUCAACCCAAUCAUCUACGGAUACUACAAUGAGAACUUCAAGAGGGGCUUCCAGGCGGUGUGCAGGGCGCAUUCGUGCUGCUGUGGGAUGUCGGCUGGGAACGCUACGUCCCGGAAAGCCAACCGAGGAGAGGUGCGGGAACCUGCUGUGACCUUUGGCACGAGGAACAAAGUGUACACCGACGGCGAUCUUAAGAAUUCGGGAACCCGUCUGGAGAUGGAGCAGAAGAGAGCCGUGCAGCCUUGUAACUCCGUCUGCACCAAUGACACGGUAUCCAACGCAGGAUCUGGAAUAAAAGGAGUUGCGAAUCAAAAAGUCUUUCAGAUGGAGGAACCAGAGAAAAUAAGUCCAGUCAGAGUUGGCAAAAAUCAAGCCUGGGACCAGUAGGUGGAUUAUUAGUGGUAUUUAUUCUGGUGAUUUACUCAAGUUGGGACCCUACUGUAUAUAUCUCUUCAAAUCUAAGCAAAUUGUGAAAAAUUGAUGGGGUAGAAAGGUGACAUCAGUCCUACCGCUUGGCACAUCUUUUCAGACAGUUUCUGUAAGGAAACACUGUGUGUCACAUGGGAAGAAAAUAAGUCCUCUCUUAGAAUCUAAAUGAACUAUUAUACAUGGCUAACCUUUUCUGCAAGACCUAUUUUGUUCAUGGAAAAUGCAAAUGACAGACAUAUGAUUGUAAAGUCAAAUUUGUGGAAAUAGCAGAUCAGAUCUGUUUUGUAGAGAUGUGUAAGAUAGCCCCUUAUGGAGAUAGCCCCUUUUAUUCAUGAUAUGCAUUUGAGAUAUCCAAAAUCACAGCCUCAUCAUAACCCUUGUCUCUUUGUCAUGCACCGGCACUGAUUGUUAAAUGUUCUUUUUUUUAACCCAAAAUUUUGAAUUUAUGAAACAUAUACAACACAAACUCUUUUCUGAACACACAUGGCCUAUACAUCAAAAAGGAAACUCUCUAGGCUCUGGUGUGGAGAUCUACAUUGGAAACGCUUUUUUCUUGUACUAAAGGUCAGAUGUAUUAGAGUUGUUAAUAGGCGCUUAUCUCGUAUCACGUUAUCUCAUCAUUUCUGAGAUGAGGUGGCAAAUUGUGCAAACCACCUGGCCGUAUUUACAGUAUAUUUUCUGCAGUGGGUUGUGCACAGGUGCAUAUUUGUGCAGCGAGAAUUUGCAUCGUACGAAUUGUGUUUGUGUGCGCACACGCCUGUGUGUGUGGACUUGGUUUUUAUGUGUUAGUGGGGACCUAAACCUGAACCCCUGGGUAGAGGAUAAAAUAUACAGUUUGUACAGUAUACAUCUCAUUACGCCUUUGGACUGUCCCCACGGAGAUAAUAAAACAUACGUGUGUGUGUGUGUGUGUGUGUGUGUGUGCGUGUGUGUGUGUGUGUGUGUGUGUGUGCGUGUGGGAAAGGUAAACCCUACGGUAUGGGGACAAAAUGUCCCCACAAAGAUGGCAAUAUCCAAAAUCCUUGUCCUUGUGGGGACAUUUUUUUGUCCCCUUGAGGAAACAAGCUUAUAAAUCAUACAGAAUUAACUUUUUUGAAAAUCUAA